AUGAAAUGCGAAAUAUCUAACACAUAUAUCACAUCAUCGCUUAUUGAUGAUGAUUUUUGUCACUGUCCAGUUAAGAAUUCUUUCUGGUGUGAAAGUGAACUUAAGAAUUCUUCCUUGUGUAAUAAUGAACUCGAUUCGAACGACUGGUGUGAAGAUGAACGUGAAUAUUUUUUCUUUACUAAAAAGAAUAUUUUAUUUCAAAGUGUUUGUGAUGGAUUUGUUGAGGUAUUUCCAAAAAGAAUUGAAGGAAAAAUUGAAACCGAUGAAACAGAAUGUGAACAAUGGUCAUGCAAUAACAUUUAAACUUAUUGUGAUGGCAUAUGGGACUGUCCUCGUGGUGAAGAUGAAAUUGGUUGUUACUCAUUUUCAAAAUUAAAUUGUUCUUUAGACCAUCACCUAUGUGUUUUACCCGAUACAAAUCGAUUGGUAUGUCUAUCUAUUGAGAAAAUCAAUGAUGGUAAGAUCGAUUGUCUUGGUGCUACUGACGAGCCUACAUUAUGUCCAGGACAACAUAACGUGUACUUUGACACAAACUUUUAUUGCAUACACGAAGGCAAGGGAAACUGCAUUUCUAGGCUUCAUCUAUGUGAUAACAAGAAAAAUUGUGAUCAAGAAGAGGAUGAACAAUUUUGUGUUAAAAAUCGAAGUGUUCUCCUAGAAAAAUAUGUUUGUCACAUGUCAAUGCAAUCUCAUCUUUCUGAUGUCGAAAAGUUUUUAUGUAGAGUAGUACAAGUAAAGGUUAGACGAAAAUUAAAAUAUUUUUCAUUAGAUGGCAUUGAUACAGAGAACAACAAUGUGUUUCUCGGUAAAACAAACACUAUACUUUCAAAAUCAACUAUCUUAGAAACUCCUCAAAAACAUCAACAUAAAUGUCAUCGUGGUCUUGACUUACGUGUCUGGUUAAAUGAUGAAAAAAACUUAACAACAAAUACAUGUUUAUGUCCACCUAGUUAUUAUGGUGAUCAAUGUCAAUAUGAAAAUCAACGAGUGAGUUUGACCAUUAAAUUUCAAGCAUUAUCAGAUUCUUGGUCAACAUUAUUUGCAAUAAUUAUUUCACUUAUUGAUGAUAGUGAAGAAAGAAUAAUUCAUUCAUAUGAACAAUUUACUUAUUUAUCAUCAAGAGAUUGUAAAAUUAAAUUUAAUAUUUAUUUACUUUAUUUAACUCGACCAAAAGAUUUAACCAAAAAUUAUCAAAUACAUAUUGAUAUUUAUGAAAAAAUGUCAUUAAUUUAUCGAGGAAGUUUAUUAUAUCCAAUAAAAUUUUCAUUUUUACCCGUUCAACGUCUAGCAUAUAUAGCUGUUAUUCCACGACAUAAUGAAAAACUUCAAAGUUGUUCAAAUUCUCAUUGUAUUCAUGGUAAAUGUAUUGUAUAUUACAAUAAUCCACAAAAUAAUACUUUUUGUCAAUGUUAUCCGGGAUGGUCUGGACAAUAUUGUGCCAUUCCAUAUACUUGUACAUGUUCAUCGGAUUCAAUAUGUAUUGGUGUAUCUGCUUACAGUCGAUCAAUAUGUAUUUGUCCUAUUAAUAAAUUUGGCUAUCAAUGUCUUAUUGCUACAACAAUUUGUCAAAUGAAUAAUAAUUUAAUAUGUCAACAUGGUGGUCAAUGUAUUCCUGUUGAUGAAUAUAUGUCAUCAUCGAAUAAAAAAUUUUCAUGUAUUUGUCCAAAAGGUUAUAGUGGAGAUCGAUGUGAAAUAGUUGAUAACAAAAUAAUUUUAACAUUUGAAGAUGAUAUUGUUUUAUCUCAGUCAAUAUUUAUUCAUUUCAUUAAAGUUAUUGAUAGCAUUGAUCCGAUUAGAACGACUACUCUUCGAACAAUUCCUCUAACACAAAAUUCACUUACAAUUUUUUGGUCACAACCAUUUCAUCUUGUUUUUAUUGAAUUUUAUAAUAAAAUUUAUUAUUUAGCUAUUAUUCAAAAAAUUCAUCAACAAUCAACAACGAUUGUUAACAAGAUUAAAUUAUCCGAUCGUUGUCCACGUAUAAGUGAAUUAUUCAAUGAAACUUUUGUUCAAUUAAAUCUUAUUCGUCGUAUAAAAUAUUAUCAUUUACCAUGUCAACAAAAUUCAUCAAAACUUCCAUGUUUUUAUGAUGAUACUCAUAUUUGUCUGUGUUAUAAUCAUAGAAAACAACGUAUAGCAAAUUGUUUUGAAUUUAAUCAUAAUAUGAAAUUAGAUUGUCUAAGCCAAAGUGUUUGUGAAAAAGAUGGUCAAUGUUUUCAAGAUACUGAAGAUUGUCCAGCAAGAUCAAUAUGUAUUUGUCGACCAUGUUUUUUUGGAGUACGAUGUCAAUUUAGUUCAAAUCGAUUUAGUUUAUCACUUGAUGCUAUCUUAGGUUAUCAUAUUCAACCAAAUAUUAGUUUUUUAAAUCAAUUAACUAUUGUUAAAAUUAGUUUAGUAUUAACAAUAAUAUUUCUAAUUGCAGGAUUUAUCAAUGGAGUUUUAUCUUCAAUUACAUUUAAUAAUAAAAAAAUAUGUGAAGUUGGUUGUGGUUUGUAUUUAUUAGGUUCAUCAAUAACAACUUUACUUACAACAAUUUUAUUUGGAUUAAAAUUUUUGAUACUUCUUCUUGCUCAAAUGGCAAUUAUAACAAAUCGAUUAUUUUUACAAAUUCAAUGUUUAUCUCUUGAUUGUCUUUUACGAAUUUGUCUUAAUAUGGAUCAAUGGUUAAAUGCAUGUGUAGCAAUAGAACGUGUUGUUACAAUAAUAAAAGCUACCAAUUUUCAUAAGAAAAAAAGUAAACAAAUAGCUAAAAUAGUUAUAGUUAUUCUUGUAAUAUUUACUAUCUGUACAGAUAUUUAUGAUCCAUUUUAUCGAUAUUUAAUUGAUGAAGAUAAUGAAGAUGAGAAACGAAUAUGGUGUAUUGCUACUUAUCCAUCUUCUUUACAAACAUUUAGUUCUAUUAUGCAUACAUUUCACUUUUUGGCUCCAUUUAUAAUUAAUCUAAUAUCAGCGAUUAUUCUCAUAACAAAAAGAUCUCGUCAACAGUCAAAUGUUCGAAUACAUGAAAAUUAUAAAGAAAUUUUAAAACAACAAAUUCAACAAUAUAAACAUUUAUUUACUACUCCCGUUCUUUUAGUUCUUCUUGGAUUACCACAUUUAAUCAUUUUAUUUGUAUCAAAAUGUAUGAAAUCAACAAAUG